ACAUGAUGCAUGUGUUCUCUCUUCUACCUGGGUAACAAAGUGGUCAGAGGGAGCUGAAGACGCAUUGUCGUCGUUGUCGUGAUAUUCCAUCAUUAAUUCCUCCAUCAUUCCAUCACUUCCUCCUCCUUUAAACCCCCUCUAUCUCCACGGACACGGGUCGUGUCGACACACCGUCCCAUCUGAUCUUCAGCCCCUGCCUUGACUGCGCCUGACAGAGUUGACCGCCUACUGCGUUGCCCUCGCCAACAUCAGCACCCAAGUCCAUCAUGGCUGCCAAAGUGCUGCAGACCAACUUUGAUGUGGACUAUGUCGUCACCUAUCGCAUGUGUGACGACAAAGCAAAGGGCAUUGCUCAAUUCCAGAAGCUCAUUCGAGUCCUCAACCAAGUAGGCUUGACCACCGAGGUCCGCAGAGGUGAUGAGACCUCGCUGCUCAUAUUUCUGAAAGCCGCCGACGAAAAGAUCUUGGCCGAUGUCGUCUAUCGCUCUAGAAUUAGGGAUUGGCUCCAUGGCAUCCGUCAAAUCCAACCUGUCUCUGAUACUGCCCGAGCCUUGACUGCUGAGCCAUUGACUCAAGCUGAACGAUAUCGCCAAAUCCACCACAUGAUCACUUGUUCCCCUGAAGAUGGCGGCGCAGGCAUAACUCCACAAUAUGGCGAGUGGGAACAAGUCGAGGCUAUCUUCCCGCUUCACGACCAUGUUAAGAACAAGAGAUGGUUGACUGAGUUCUCCCGCAAGACCUUCCUGACACCUGAGGACUUGGAUGAGAUUCGAGACACGAUGGGCGAAAAGAUUGCCUAUUACUAUGCCUUUAUCCAGUCCUACUUUACCUUUAUGACCUUCCCCGCAGCAUUUGGAUUCUCCUGCUGGGUAUUACUGGGAAAAUUCUCCCCUGUCUACGCCAUCGUCAAUGGCCUAUGGACGGUUGUGUUUGUCGAGUACUGGAAACGCCAGGAACAAGAGUUGGCCAUAAACUGGGGAGUCAAAAACGUGUCUGCCAUUGAGGGCAAGAGGAAAGAGUUUGUGCCUGAGAAGACGGCGACUGACCCCAUCACGGGCGAGAAGAUUGCCUUUUUCCCGGCAAAGAAACGCCUGCAGAGACAGCUGCUCCAGAUCCCACUGGCCUUGCUGUGCGUGGUUGCUCUUGGAGUGGUGAUCUGUACCUGCUACGCCAUUGAGAUAUUCAUCUCAGAGAUCUACGAUGGUCCUCUGAAGUCGAUCCUGGUCUUCCUCCCAACCAUCAUUCUCACUUUGGCGGUCCCCACCAUCAGCUCACACCUCACCCAAUUCGCCGAGCUGCUCACCAGCUUUGAGAACUAUGAGACUCAAGAGGCCCACGACAAGGCCAUGGUGUCCAAGGUGUUUGUGAUCAACUUUAUCACAUCAUACACAGCUAUCUUCUUGACAUCGUUUGUCUAUGUCCCCUUUGCGACACUCCUUGUGCCGUAUCUUGACAUCUUCAGCCUGACGGCCAAGCCCUUUGUCAACGACGAGAAGCAAGUCGAGAUUCCAUCGCCGGCAACCUUCACCAUCAAUCCGAAUCGGCUGCGAGACCAGAUGAUUUACUUUGCCGUUACCGCUCAAAUUGUCAACUUUGGCAUGGAGACAAUUGUGCCGCUUUUGACUCAGAAAGGCACCAAGAAAUACAAGGAAAUGCAGUCUUCCAGGGCAGAGAAAAGUGCGGGUGCGGCACCUUCGAUUUCCGCAUCUGACCCUCCCGAGGAGAAGGAAUUUCUUACUCGUGUCCGUGAGGAAGCAGCCCUGCCAGAAUACGAUGUUACGACGGAUCUUCGCGAGAUGUGCAUCCAGUUUGGCUAUCUCUCUUUAUUCUCUGUCAUCUGGCCACUGACACCAGUGUGCUAUUUCAUCAACAACUGGAUCGAGAUCCGAGGCGACACAUUCAAGUUGACAGUCGAGUCUCGGCGCCCGACUCCCGAGCGCGCCGACUCAAUUGGACCAUGGCUGGACAGUCUUGAAUUUUUGGCAUGGCUUGGAAGUAUCACGUCAGCAGCACUGGUCUACAUGUUCAACGGCGGGAAUGGACCGGACGGGAAGCCACACGCCAUCAAGCUUUGGGCUCUGUUGUUGAGUGUCUUCCUGUCUGAACACAUCUUUUUGGUAGUGCGGGUGCUGGUUCGCACGGCCAUCUCGAAAUUGGAUUCGGCGGCACAGCGCAAGGAACGUAGUGAACGGUUCAUGGUUCGCAAGAAAUACCUUGAAGAUGCUGGAUUGGCUGACGCCAUCAAACCGUUGGCAUCCGCUCCCAACAGCCCGCUGGUUGAUUCAGAUGGUGCGCAGGCAUUCAGUAAUAUCACCAGAGAGAGUCUGGAGGAGGAUGCAAGACAAGAUUCGCUGCAAGACUCAGACCCAUCUGGUCGGUUUUGGAAGAGGCAGCGGAGUGGGAGAGAAUCGGAACAGGUUGGCUUGGGAUUGAUUGACUUGAUGGAUCUGGGAUCACGGGACAAGAAGAAACAGUGAAGAGGAACCGGCGACAUCUUGGAAGCGUCUGGGGACUGAGUUUAUGACGGCGAUACGAGAACACGACACGACACCAUGCGGCGGGGCGUUUAAGCUGGGGCUUGGAGAAUCUGGAGAAAUGGCAACGUGGUUUCGUUCUGCCUUUGUAGCACAGGGGCCACAGGGCGAUUUAUAACAACAGGUGUAGUCAGUCUUUGGUGCAGUACAGUCCUAUAGGUAUACGCCGAUGACAAUUGAGUCGUAUGGGUUUCCAAAGGCAAUGUCUGGG